GACACAGUAGUAACUAUCCAGACCAGGAAAUCCAUGAGCAACCGACGACUUCAGCGAAAACAAAUGGUCACUGCUGUCCUUCACCCUGGGGAAGCGACAGUGCCUAAGAGAGACGUCCGUGAAGCACUUGCCAAAAGGUACGAGAAGACCACGCCAGGUGUCAUUUUUGUAUCUGGAUUUAGAGCCCAGUUUGGUGGGGGCAAGACUCCUGGCUUCGGCACGAUUGACGAGUCUUUGGAUGAUGCGAAGAAAAAUGAACCCAAACACAGACUUGCAGGACGGGGCCUGUAAGAGAAGCAAAAGGCCUCAAGAAAACGCAAGAACAGAAUGAAGACGGUCGGGACUGCACAGGCCAACGUGGGGGCCGGCGAAAAGCAUUAA